CCGAGGGGCAAUUUCCCAUACCUAUCCCAACUGAACUUCCUAUGUCGGAUUGGCCGUAUCGAGGAUAUUUCCCAGACGGCCAUGUCUCAGGUCGACGUGGAAUUAGGCGAUCUCUUGGCCGAGGUGUUGCCCGCCGGUGUCAAGCUUACCAUUCGCCAUGUUUCCUCGACUCCCACCCCCUGCGCUGCGCUCUUCGCCGCACCACCUGGAGAAACGUCAGAGCCCACCUUUUGCGAAAAUCAUUUUCUGACUGCGUCGGUUGAAGCGGAGGGGAAAGAUGGUGCGGAAAUCAUUGUGCUAGGGGUGGAGGUGUUGAUUUACAGCACCGCGCAUCUGACGACCAUCUUCGUCUCCAAGGCCGAUUCGACCGGGUUCUUACUUCUACUGAAAGACGCCCCCAAGGUCUCACUACUACGACGCAUCUCCCAAACCUUUCUCUCUUUCCUAGUGCGGACGCACCAGCGCCCAGGCGUCCGUCUUGUGGUGUCUCUGUUUGCGCGCGCGCAGAACCAGUACCUGUUCCCUGGCAGCAUAGAGAACGAGGGGAAGCAUGUCCUUGACGAUCGGGGGCUGAUCAAAUGGUGGUGCCGCGUAUUGGACCCGAUCCUCCGCGAGUACGAGCCGGAGUCAGGCUCACAUGAGAAGAACGCGCUGGAUCGCCAGACAGAGUCGGCGCAAAGCUCGGCCACGGCCUUCCUCAUCGUUCCGGGGUGUGACAAGUUCGAAACCAGGGGGUUCUUCCCACCGGCCGCCCGGCUGGACAGCAAAGACCGCCCCAGAUGGUCGAACAGUUACCCUCUGCAUCAGCUCUGCGAUGACCCCACGGCGCCCCCGCGUUGUCUGGUUCCUCGCUUUCCCGACGACCCAAAGACUCGAUUCCUGAUUGAUCUGGAUGACGAGCUUCCCGAGCAGUCUGCUGAUGAGGCUUCCUCUAUGGCUCCCGGUCAGUGGCGGAGCGUCAAGUCUCUGGAUCAGUUCUGGGAGAUGAUGUCUUUUCGACAGGAGUGCUCUUCCGGACGAUUGGUCGGGUUCUUGUGGCUCGUCAUCAACCCGCCCGGACUGAUCAACUCGGUCCAGAUGACCAGUUCUCGAUCUGUGCUCGGUGAUAGCAAAGGGUUGUCGAGUGCUGUGGAACAUGUCACCCCCCGUGCGCCGACUACCGUUCCUGAGAUCCAAUCCAAGGAUGUUGUGUCUUCUGUUUUGAAACAACUCGAUGCCUCAGAAGCAAUUGUGGCACACCCGAUUGAUGCACUGGACACCCCGGCGACUGUCGCGGUCGCCGAACCCGCUAAGACCUUACCCGUGUCCGAAGCCGUGGCCCAACGUACUACAGAUGCCAGUGCCUUCUUUUGGCCUGAAGCUGGGCGAGGCCACGCUGUACUCAGCGACGGCGAUUACAAGUCUGCAAUUGACUUCUUGAUUGAGCAGGAUUUCUUUAAUCAAGAAGUCGCUAUUGCCAGUACAAGAGCCUGGGGCGAGAAGGUAGCCGCACUCGCUGAUCAACUAUGGGUCGGGCAACAAGUAAUAGGACGAGGCACAACAGACCAGUCCUCUCAGGAGACUGCGGAGGUCAAUACUCUCAUCAGCAGCACGCUGGUUCGAAAGCGCAAGAAGGUAGAAGAGCCGCCCGCCCCGACGCCAGACAGCGACAAAUCUGCCGACAAGUCUGCGGGAGACGCCAGUGCACUAACAGCGGAUGCCACCGUGCCUACCUCGCCACGCGAGCCAGUUUCUGGGGUCAAUGUUCUACAAGCCAGUCUGAUUCGAAAGAAGAAAAAGACGUGACAUUGGAAUGGCUUGUGCUUGGCAUCUGGUCUUGUCAUUCUACAUGCAGACAGGAUGGGUUUCAUAUGGCAUCUGUACGAUAUGAGGAUUCUUGGGGUAAUUGGCAUGGCUUCAUCUUUUUUUUCUUUCUCUGAUUUCUUGUCUUCUGGGAAGUGCAUACUGGGUAUCAUUGCUUUUUCAACAUCUUUCUUUUUGUCUUAGCUGGAAUUGGAGGAGGCUCUGUCGCCGACUUCACAAAAUGUGGAAUUGAGCAUCGGAGCUACGGAAACGGAUAUUUAGAUUUCUAGCAGACCAUUUAAUAUGACAACUUCGAC